CAGAGCCCAUGGCUGAAAAAAACACCAACAUGGAGUGGGGCCUCUCGCGCGAAUAUCUUGCCGUUAUCCCGACGUAUCUCGUUGCUCUUCGAACUUUCGGAAACUACCUCAAUUCCUCUUCCCAGUGGAUCGAGUCAACGAAAAAAUGCCUUCUUCUCGGGCCGGGAAUAAAAGGAUUUAUGUUUUCAGUGUCUCGAGCAAGGUGUCAUUCAAUACGGUUUGGUGUACCAAAAAAGGGCGCUUAUAGGGUGUGUGAUUUUCUCAUUCGCUCGUCACCGAGUGGUCGGCAGUCCAACGCAAGCCACGAUGGCGAACGCACAAGAAUCGCAUGAAGGAACGGGCUCGUACACUCGAUUUUAGCCGUUCUCUGAACGAAGAAACAUUCCAUUUAUCUUUAUGGAGGAAAUACAAACUAAACCUAGUGUUUUGAAGUUCGAAACGAGCAGUUUCAACGCAAAUGUCGAUGCCAAGAAAGAGCAAGCAAAGACGGCAAACGUUAUGUUUGAGGGAAAGAACAUUCAUUCUUCGCCGUUGGAUGGAAAACUUCUUUGUAGCUACAGUGAAAAGCUUUGUAAGCAAAGAAGGUUAAAUGGCUACGCGUUUUGUAUUCGACAUGUGUUAGAGGAUAAAAACGCUCCGUUUAAACAAUGUCAGUUUGUGGCAAAAUACAACGGACAUCAGUGUACAAAUCCUAUACCGUCUGCCGAGGAUCGAAUAUACUGCAAUAGUCAUUUACAAGUUUUAGGAAUCGUUCCCAAGAAGAAUCGACGAAAAAAACCUGGCGAAGGAGUCGAGUGCGAGGCGAAUUCAUCUUCUUCGACAACAGAAUGUAAAGCAAGGACAGAUGUUUUGGCGACUCCAGCAUCGACAAACAUGUCUUCGAUCCCCACUCUAUUUCCUUAUCGUUCAAAAAAGCCUAAAAAUCAACCGCCGAAGAAAAAUUACGCAAAUAGUCCAGCGAUUGAAGAGUUGAGAGAGAGUAGGAGAAAAUGGCAGAAAGACAGAGCGGAUUUAUUCAAGAUUUAUGAUAUUGAGAGUUCUGAUGGUGACAGUUCCAGUGAAGGUGAUGAUAUGCCCUGGCAGCAAAUGUGGCUCUCUUCUGAUAGUGACCUUGAUUAUGAAGCUCUCAGAAAAGAAAACAACUGCCUUCAUGCUGAUAUUAGAACUGCUAAGAUUUCAAGACUGAGCAGCCAGCUACGACGACAACUUCACCAACUGAGGAGAACACUGCGAACACGGCGUCAUCAAUACAAAGAUAUGAUGGCAUCUGGUAAUGUUCUGGUUAAGGCUGUUCAGAGUAACAGUUCAGCCUGUGUGGAUUCUCUUCUGGAAAAUAGCAAGAAGAUGCGGAGAACAAGACCCAGACCUGCUAGAUGUCAUGUGAAAACAUGUGCAUUCACUCAAGAUGACGUUCAAUGUAAGAAGAAAGCCUUCCCAUACACCAAAUUCUGCAGGGAUCAUAUAAUGAAUGACUCUAUGCAAGUAUUGUAUGCCCAGUGCACUGCCAAGUGGCCUGGAGGUCUCCAAUGUUCUGUGCCAGUGUUUGAUGUCAUUCAUGAGCGUCCUCUUUGUGAUGAACAUGCCAGGAAAAAGGCCAAAUUUCAAGAGGCUCAAGCCCAAGCUCAAGCAGCUGCAGCAGCAGCCAAGUCCUCUCCUGGAGUAACAAAGCCUCCCCCAAAGAAGCCACGGCGGAAACCACAGCCAAAGGCCCCAUUACUUCAAAAGCUACCCAAGCCAACUAAAAAACCAGCCAAUAGAAAACCAGCUAUGCCCAGGUCAAACAAAGCAAGAGUAGCAAAGACACCUAACAAUUCAAUAAGACCUGUUGGUUUGGACAAUUCAUUUAGUCCUGAUAAUUCAUCGGAUAUGUUAUCUCCAGAUAUCAGUUUGUCAUUGUCAUCUGACUACUCACAUGGAAGUGGACCUUCUCCUAUGUCACCUGAUCUUGAUGAGUUUCAGCAGUAUGAUUCACCUAUGUUUGAAUCGGAGCAAAGGGAGGAGAUACUCCUUGGUGGCCUUGAUAAUGAGGAAAGUGAACAUGAUAUCCUUAGUGAAAAUUUCCCUACUGUUUCCAAUGGCAAUUCUGCCAUUAAAAGUCUGUAUUCUGGAAAAGGCAAAGAAUGUGGUGUUGGACACUCUGUUCCAGCAUCAGUAAUCACACACACCCCAGGAUUGUUAAACAGUAGUGGUUUUCUUGGCACAGGUCAAGAUGAUUCUUGUUUGUCUGAAUCUGGAUCAAAGUCAUCACCACUGAAUAGCAGGAGUAAGCCAAACAAGGUCUCUAACUUACGAGACUCAAAGAAGUUAGUUAAUGCAAGUAAUGCUUCUCACACAGGCCCAAGCAUUAUAUCACCAAUCAUUCAUCAGAACAAUAUCAAAAAGGAAAAUAACAAGAUCAAAGAACUUGCCCUUAAUAAGGACCCUAUGUUUUCUCCCCCACACGGACUUCUAGGAAGCAAUGAGUUAAAAUCUCACAGCAAUGGAGUGAACUCAGAUCAUCUUCAUUCUCCCCCUAUGACAAUGGAUAACAUCCUUUCUCCUACACAGCGAAGCUGGUCUGCAAUCGUAAACAAUACCUCUCCAGCCUCAUCAUCGUUCACAUCACCUCUUAAUUCCACACAAACAGGAUUGAAUAGACUUGUUUCACCACCUUUCUCUCCUCCUUCAAUGUCCCCUCACAUCUCACCCCACACAACACUUGGAAAUGUCUUCACAUUUGACAGACCUACACCUUUUCAGCAGUCACAUAUGACAUCACCCACUCUGAGCCCUGCAAGUCCAUCAUUCCUUCAAGGACAAUUGAAACCAACAGGAGCACGUUUUCCAAGGCACAAUGAAAUUGACCACUCUGAUGAUCCUUUCCUCUUUGACGAUAGAGAGCAAACUCUAUUUGGUGGAACAUUUAAUCAGAAUCAUGACACAACCUUAGGUGACCUGCGGCUAAGAUAAAGUGCGCAAAAGAAGUCAUUUUUAUCCCUAAAGGAGGAGGAGAUUUUUUUUUUUAAUUGCUACACCUGCAUCAAGUGGUUUGCUUAUAAGCAGAAAGAUUGAUCAUUAUACAAGUAUCUCGUAUUCUCAGAAAGCUUAUGUGGUGCCACUUCUGCCUGAUAUAUGUACAAUGUGUCACAGUAAUACCAAUCAGGAAUUCAUUGGUUCCUCCAGAAAGAUUUCCAGAGUAUUAACUUUUCAGUGAACAUUGCUUUAUUUGCUGCCAUUAGACAAACAAUACCAGCAUGUUGACUAUGCUGUUAUUUGUAUAUAAGAAAAUUACUGUAAAUAUUACCCCCACAGCUUUGUGGUGCAUGUGAGGGUGUGAUUCAUGUCAGGUGCAAAAGACAACUUGGUUGGAUUUUCCAGGCCUGUUAUUCUACCCAAGUUGCCUUAUUUUACUUUACCUACACAAAGAUUUGAAGGUUGGUGGAAUUGGGUUGUGGCAAACUGUGCUUUACUUCCUUUGCCUGUUAAAAACUGUAACCUUUUGACUCCUAAUUUUGCUUUCACCUUGUAAUUCUUGAACAUACAGACAUAGCCUUAAUUCAAUUUCACACUUUUUUAAAAUUAUUUCCUUUUUUAUUUUUAAGGAAGAGAAGGAGCCAUGCGUAUAGAUGAAAGAUACUAUUAUUAUUAAUUUUUUUCCACCAAAAUUGUCCUAAAUGGUACUGAGUAGAAGAUGUAGGGGAAAGACAUAGCCUACAAUUUAUUUCCACACCAGUCAUUAGGGAAGCAAAAUUAAGAGUCAUCAGAGUUUAUGUUGACUAUACAUAUUUCAACUGAGUGUCAAAAAUAAUCCAGUAUUGGUGGAUCUUUUAUAUUUGUGUCACUCUGAACCAAUCUGAUGCAAAACUAAAAGAUGCAAUUCUUAAACAAUUGCAAUUUUGUUGCUGGCAAUUCCUCAUGCAUCUGUUAGUUUUCAUGGUUUUACUCUGAUCUUUCAUCUCUAAGUCAUGGUUUCUUUGAUGAGCUGCAGUGACUGCAUUGGUCUGUUUUAAUGACACUUGGUUGAAAAACUCUGUAUCUGUGUUUAUCUUACCUGAUCUGAUGCUGGCUGUGUUAAAUGUAAACAAAACCCUCCACCCUACUUCAAACAGUGACAUGUGACAAGUCUCAUGAUUGUGGCAGACAUAGAAACUGCAUUAAAUGCAGUUGAACUUAUUUUGAAAAGGAAAAAGAUGCUGUAUUUAUAUAACUUCAUCUCAAAGAUGACUUGAUAAUGAACUUACAUCCUGAACGUCAACUAGUUGUUUACCAUGUUUUGUCACAUCAAGGGUUAUAAAAAUCCAGUAAAAUUAUCUUGACUAAGACUUGACUCUCCUGACAGUUUUCAGUUUCAUGCGGCUUUUAUUCAUUUGGGUUACUUUGCUAGUUAUAACUUAGGUUUGUUAUUAUUUGUUGAUUUGGGGCUUAAUUCAAAUGUUUUGGAUUGUUGCAGGGCGUUUUCAAUCUGCCCUUUUGUCUUAACUUUUUUGUUGUUUUUGCUUCAGGAACAUUCUUUCAGCGAAGGUAAUAUGUUGUCUUGCCUAUUGGGAAAUUUCACUAGUAGAAUGAUAAAACUGUUGGAUUAUUCUUAUUUUGCUUUAGCUAGCUGUAAGAUGCAAAUUUUUGUUUGUAAAAUUAGGGGGCACCAGUGUAUAAGUAUUUCUAUACCAUUGUAAGGCAGUAUGCUCUAAGAAGAUUUUUUUGUUUAUAUACACUUUUCUGUUUUAGUUUUGUUUGAGGCAAGUCACUUAGCAUUUGGUUGCAAUAUGGCACACACUUAAAUUGUAGAGGAUAAUUCAAGACUUAGUCAGGCUUCUGUCUGUGAGUAGUUUUUCUCUCUUUCUCCCUAGUUGUGAAUGAGUUAGCUUUAUGUAUGGCCAUUUCGAACCUGGCAGAAUAUUCAGGGGAGUUUAUUCAUGGCCAGAUUAAUUAUACUUAGGAAAACAACAAGACUUCUUUAUUUGUUCGUUUGUUUGUUUAUUUUUUAGUUGUAACCAGACAUAACCACUCUAUGCAAUAGAGAACAUGUCCACUAACAAAGAUUAUUGUGGCCUCUGAACUGAACUAAAUAUAUUUAAUAUGGAACAUUUGUUUAAAAAAUAAAUAAAGUAUUUUCU